AUGCCCCGACGGCGGCGAUGCUGCGGCUGCCUCCCGCUGCUGCGCGCCUCAUCCGAGGUCUGGAGCCUGUCCUCGCAAGCCAUGGCCGACCUCACGAUCCGCAACAUCACCGCCACACCGCUGGAGCUCAAGCUCAUGGAGCGCUUCGAGGCGCAGCCCGCGGUGGGUGGUGGGCGCAAAAACAUCACGAGCCGCGUAACCGGCAUCUUCAACUCGACAUCGGCGCUGGCGGCCAAGAUCGAGGCCCAGGGCGAUGCUAGAGACCGCCGGGAAGUCUCGAUCCCAAUUGCGCCGUUUGAGACGCGUGUGACGGAUUUGCGCACCGCGGACCCGGGCCGGGAGGUUGUACGCCUGACUUUCGAGGCCGAUGGCCAUCGGUACCAGGUGGAUGUGCCGAGUGCCUCACACCGCAGCACCGUGAUGGAUAAUCUCGAUGGGGGUCCCAAUGAAUAUACGGUGGUCUACGUCCUGACCGGUAGCUGUCUAUCCAUCUUCAGCUCGGCCCACCUCGCAAGCUGGAUGCGAGAACUGCGCGACGAAUAUCCGCUUUCUGCGCUCUCCAUACCCGGCACGCACAACAGCCCGACGUGCCAUGUGGCCUUACCAUCCGUGCGGUGUCAGGCCGUGGGCGUGCGAGAGCAGCUCGAGAACGGCGUCCGGUUCUUCGACAUCAGGGUGAACGUCAACCCGGACUCGUCCGAGCUGGCGCUCGUCCACGCCGCGUUCCCCAUCUCUCUCACGGGAAGCAAGUACUUCAAGAACAUGCUCGACGUCAUAUACGCCUUCCUAGACGCCAACCCCUCCGAGACGUUGAUAAUGAGCGUGAAGCGGGAGGGCACAGGCCGCGGCACGGAUCAGAGACUGUCCAUGAUACUCAAGGAGAAGUUCUACGAGGACGGCAAGCGGUGGUACACGGAGCCGCGGAUCCCGAAUCUGGGCGAGGUCCGCGGCAAGAUCGUGCUGCUGCGCCGGCACCUCAACGACGAGAGCCUGGACAAGGAGUGGGGAGGCCGCGGCUGGGGCCUGGACGGCAGUGUCUGGCCGGACAACUGCGCGGACGGGCGCGUCGGCAGCGGCAUCGCGCGCGUGCAGGACUUCUACGAGAUCGACCAGAGCACCAACAUCCAGAAGAAGAUCGAGCUGGCGCGCAGCCACCUCGAGCGCGCGGCCGAGCCCGUCUGCCCCCUGCCACCGGCCGGCACCGAGGCGCCGCCCCCACAGCCCUUCUUCAUCAACUUCCUCAGCGCGAGCAACUUCUUCCGCGCCAACUGCUGGCCCGAGAAGAUCGCCGCCAAGGCCAACCCGGCCAUCAUUGAGUACCUGUGUCUGCGGCACGGUGAGCCCGGCAAGGGCCCCGUGGGACUGGAUGUCGGGGAUGCCGGGACGGGCAUCGUGGUCACGGACUGGGUUGGUCAGGAGGGCGAUUGGGAUCUUAUUAGGUGUAUUGUUGGGUGGAAUGCGAAGUUGCAGGUGAAGCAAUGA